CUUCUCCGACUCGGAGGUGAGCGUGUCGGGCUGGGAGAGGUUUUACUACAAGAAAGAAAGAAAGAAAGAAAGAAAGAAAGAAAGAAAGAAAGAGAAGGAAGGGAAAACAAACAAAGAGACAAAGAAAGAAGAAAAAAAAAACUUCAGAGGAAAUUCCUGGAAAGAGCCGCUCAUCCUUCAAGGAUUUUUUCCUGACAGCAGAACAGUUUUAAGGCGGAAUUAUCCCUGAUUGGGGCGUCCUUAAGAGCAUGUUGGGAACAAACCUCUAAUUAGGAGCUUAUUUUUACAGGAUCUAAACUGGAAUAUCUUUGUCCUCCUGCUGCCUGUGAGGCGUGAACAGGUGUGAGGCGACUUUCUCGGAGGAAUUCUCGAAACAUUCGCAACUGAAACUCACUUUAAAGCAACAGAUUGUUCCUGAAAUAAGUCAAGUUGACUCUAAACACUGAAGAGUUCUUUGUUUUCCUUCAAGAUAUAAAUAAAUAUUUGCACCACUUCCAUGUAUUUCCAUGACCUGUGACCUGCUGGGUGUUCAGCUAAUACCCCGAGGACACGAUCAAUCAAUCGCUAUUGAUUAUUGAUCCACAAGGAGCUGACAGGAAAAAUCAGCUGCUUGCUCACAGCCUGAAGGUGAGAUCUGAAGAUGGCUCAGAAGGAGGCAGGAACGCAGCAGGGGAGAGUUAAAACUGAGGACAAUGUAGGGGCCAAAGUCGUGGCCGGGGGCCCGGCGGCGGGCGGAGGAGUGGUGGUGGAGGUCCGGGAGAAGAAGGGACCCCUGAGGGCUGCGAUACCCACAAUGCCUUUCCCUCUGGCGGUCAUCUGUCUCUUUCUGAACACCUUCAUACCUGGACUAGGAACCUUCAUCUCGGCCUUCACGGUCCUGUGCGGCGCUCGCAGCGAGCUGAUCUCCGAGCGAGGCGUCUGCUGCGUGUUCUGGCUCAACGUGGCGGCGGCCUUCAUCCAGAUCCUGACAGCCGUCAUCAUGGUCGGAUGGAUCAUGAGCAUCUUCUGGGGGAUGGACAUGGUCAUCCUGGCGAUUUCUGACGGCUGCAGAGAACAAGGAGUUCCUCAGGACGUCUGAGAGACGUCGGAUGCCACGGACAGUUUGACCCCUUUGACUUCCAGAAGCCGAAACCUUCGCGGCGACCACAAGGCGGGAAAACGGCGAAUUCAAGUGACUGGUCUCCAUGGAAACCUUCAAUCGCCGUCUGCUGAUUGGCCGAGAGCCGCGUUCGCCGUUCUCAAAGGGGAACCGGAAAAGAGACUCAAACUGUACAGACGGAGGAGAAGGAAGACGACGUGUUUGUAGUUUGUGGCGUGAUUAUAACGGUGAUUUUUGAUAUUUUUUAUUUGAUUUAAACCUAAUAUGAAGCUGUAGAAACCUUUGUUGAGAGGACGGAGACGGAGGGACAGCUGACCUGCAUGUGAUGCAACUGAAAAGCUUGUAAAUCCAGCUGCUGCAAAGCGUUGACUCGGCCGAGCUCUGGUCUGAAGCUACUUUCAGUGUUAAAUGUCAUCGCUUCAUUGCAAAAAAAAAAAAAAAAAAAAAAAAGGUGUCGUUCCAAAUUUGCUAGCGUUAGCUUUAGCCUCUGGUGUGUCGUCGUGGCCUCGUUACGCCGUCACCGUGACGCUGCUCUGAUGAUGUACGAUGUGCUUCUUUUAAUGCUUUUUAACAAUAUUCAAGGUUCUCUCGUGGUUCAUUAAGCCCUUCUCAGACAUGGAAGACGUGACGCUGCUGCUUCGUCAGCGUACAAACCAGACGGGACAUCAAGCGAUGUUCUCAUGACAGAAAACUAAAUCCAGUGUGAAUCAUUUAAAGCACCUGAUUAGUGCCGAUGGCGUCCACUGAUCCUGAUCCAAGUGAUUAAUGAAGUGAUGCUCGUUGUCUUUGGAGACGUUGGUGUGGAUCCUGCUGCAGGUUUUUAAUAAACUCAGAGUCUAAACCAGUUAAACUUUACUUUGGGCCACUUGUGGGACCUGCAAGUAAAUCAUCGAUCGUCCGUCUCCAUGUCAGGGAUCAGCUGUAAGUAACUGAUGAAGUGAUGCAUAACCGUGAGCAGCUCAUGUGGAUCCUGAUGCUGCAAGUGUUUAAUAAACUCAGAGGAAAUCGUCCUAAACAGCAGGAAGCAACCAUCAAACUUCACCUUCGGCCACUUAAAAGCUGGAUUACAUUCAUUAGUGAUGAGCGUCAUUAACGUUCUAAUUGGAAUUAUUUCUCUUAUAACACAUCUACAGCUGGUUUUGUUCACUACAUAUGAGGAAUAUUAGGUACACACAAUUAAUUAAUUGGAAAUUAAGAAUUUUACGGCCGCUUUAGAGCUUUUUGACCAACCAGUGGACUUUAUCUCGGCCCCAGUUGGUGCACCAUUAAUCAUAAUUGGAAUUAUUUCUCUUCUAAACUGGUUUUCUUCACUAGAUGUUGGGAAUUUUAGGUACAAUUAAUAAUUUCAUAUAAAUGGUCUUGUUGCAGGUGUUUUAUAGUUUUUCUCUUGAUGAAAGUCAAAGAUUCCAGCCGGUUACAGACUAUUUAUCGAAGUGAACUUGUGUUUUUCGACACAUUUUGUGCUUUCAGUUAAACAUGUGCAGCUCAUGUGGAUCCUGCUGCAGGUAUUUAACAAAAAACAAACUAAACUUUAGCUCCUGUUUGUCAGAUCUUCAUUACUGGUGAGUCUCAUUAAUCUGAUCCGUCACAGAAGUUGUAUUUUAAUGGACGUUUUACUUUGUAAUAGAUAUAAAACUGUAGGAGAAACUCUCUCUGUGAUGUUUUUGGACAGCUUGGUGUCAUGAAAACCAACCCAAAUGCAUUUUUAUUUUUGUUGUAUUUGGCGCCUUUUACCCUCGACUCUACCAUCUCAUGCGUUAUUUUAAUAAGUUAAAAUGCAUAAAACGCAUAGAAAAGCUCGCAAAACGUGGCAGAAGCUACACAACUCACAUUAUUUUAAACCAAUGUUGGUGCUGAAAUGAGGAAAGAUUCUCUCCCCAGAUGGUUUUUUGAUCAACUCUGAGUACGUUGUGAUGUUUGUGGCUCCCUGGUAGUGCGACCACAUGCAGCUCAGACUUGUGUUUAAAGCAAAAUACGACAUCUUUUACAGAAAAGUCAGCAGGUUGCUCGUUCAGACGUGAAGCCAGGACGUUUUAGACGCCGUCAGAUUGAUAGAAAUUAAUCUGAAUCUGUUCAUUAAUGACUUAAAACCUGACAAUUCGCACAAAUCUGUAAUUACGGCACCAACAUUUCUACCUUUGGAGCGCGUGGUGAUCCCACUGUGCUCCAUCCAUCGUCGUAUCUUUGACAUUUUUGCUUUUAAACUCGUCUUUAACAUCCCAACGCUGCUGCUGCUCUUCACAACGUACCCUUAAAUUACAAAGCAGUGUUAAAAGUGACUCACGCUGCUGCUGAUAAUUAUUACCGUGAUUUGAAUGUUUGAAUGCGUACAGCAGCGCCGAAGGGGAUGUUACACAUUAUUCAGGCUUUGUGUCUAAUUAACAGGUCUUAAAAUACUCGCUCUCAUUAUUUGGCACCUCAGUCACAACCCCGCCGCUGCUACAAAUACAGUUACAGUGACAGGACCGAGGUUUGAAAGCUGAGAAUUCGCUGUUUUCCCAAACGUAACGCCACUUAUUGUGUUUAUAUGUGAGCGUCAGAUGGAUUGUUAGUGAUGGAGGAUAUCUGGAAGAGGGCUAAAACAAGAAGAAAUGCGUAAACAAUUGUUGGAAUUGUUGAUCCAAACGAGGCCUUUUCCCAUGAAACCAAACCGGCUCGUUUCUCACGCUGGCCCGUUUCCAUGGAAAACGUCCAAGAGCAUCAAAAGUCAAACAGCCUGAAACUGAAAACCUCAAACCAGCUCGUUAUGAGGUCCGCCAGGUCCAAAUUACUGUAAAUGUAGCUGAAAAAAAACCUGAACGGGCUCCAACAACCACAAAAUACUGCUAUAAAAAGUACCUUUAAGUACAGAAAUGCACAUUAUGAUUCCUUCUAGAAGACGUACGAGGAGCAGGUUGGUUGUGUUUCUACAGAAAUCAGGUUGUUUUCAAGCUCAGACAAUCUUAAAAAGUCAUGUCUACUGUUUAACAAAUCGAUCAGAAAUCACUCAGUUUGAAUUAAAUGUCCAUUAUUGAUGCAAAAGAAUCCCCAUUUAUGAACCCAUUAGUAUGUUUAGGGCCAAUUGAAAACACCAGAAAUAGUUUCACCAAUGAGAACGUGGCUGCUUGAUAUCGACCAACCAGCUGACCUGCAAAAAUCAGCCCUAAAUAAGUCAGUUCCUCUGUUUUUAUUACCAGAUGUUGGGCAGUUGAAGUCAUGACUGUUCCCAUUUGGGUGUAAAUUGUCUUUUUACUGCUUUUCUCCUUCUUAAAACUACCACUAGAGAUUUCAAACCAAAGACAAUUUGAUCGAAUACAAACUAAUCCACCAACCAGUGGACUUUAGCUCCAUGUUAUGAGCAGCGCCAUGUGUAGCUAAUUGGAAUUAUUUCUCUUCUAAACUGGUUUAGAACUGGUUUUGUUAACUAGUUAUUGGGAAAUUUAGGUAGAGACAAUUAAUAAUUUCAUAUAAAUGGACGUUUUUACAUCCGUUUUCUCUCAACAAAGUGACUUCUGUCCAGUCAAUAAGCAUGAGAUUGAAAGCGAGCAAACUGACCAACCAAUGGACUUUAUCAAUAUGGGAAUAUUGGGUACAGACAAUUAAUUAGUUGGAAAUUAAGAAUUUUACGGCCGUUUUAGAGCUUUUCGACCAACCAGUGGACUUUAUCUUGGCCAUAAUUGGUGCGCCAUCAAUCAUAAUUGGAAUCAUUUCUCUUCUAAGCUGGUUUUGUUGACUAGAUGUUGGGAACUUUAGGGAUAUACAUUUAAUAAUUUCAUAUAAAUGGUCUUUUUUUGCAGGUUUUCUCUCAAUGAAAGUGACUGAUUUUUAUCCAACCAACAAAAACGGAGCAAACCCAUCCUUCAAUUCUCCGCUUGGCUUCAUUUAAAUUCAUAUUUUUACAGAUUAUCUUCAUUAUUUCAGCCGAACGUGCUUCCCAGACUCUUGCUGUUGUUGUUUUUUUAUGUUCUGAUGUGUAAACGUUGUACAGUGUUUGUGAGAAUAAAGACGCUGACGUCCGUGAUGAGCUGACUAAUCUUCUCCCACGUGGUGAGUCUGCUGCUGGACUUCCUCGACUCUGUGUAGGUGCUGCAGCGUUUGGACUUUCUCCCGCUUUGGAUGAACGCUGAGCAGUCGUACAGGUUUAGAAACGACGGCGUGUUUGACUGUAGGAUCAGCAGCGUACAGUAUUUUAUUCUGCAUGUAUCGUCGAUGUUCACGGACCGUAGAGGGAAACACUCUGAGUUAGUUUAAGAUUGUAGAUUGAUUCUGUGGUUUUAAUUUGAGGCACAAAUCCUGCUAUUAAAGCUCAUGUUGGUCAUAAUUACUGACUGAAUUUUGCAUGAUUUUGACUUAACGAGGUGAUUAUUUCUGGAAACCUGGAAGGUAUUUUAAUAAUUCGCCGCUUCAUGCUGGCCUAAAAACACUCACACUUGUUUGUUUUUUCACCUUUUACACUUGAUUAGCUUCACAUUUAGCGCCCUGCUCGUAUUAUUUCCUGGUGACAGCUGUUUCUAACCACAGAGCGGGUUCAGGACGAACACAUCGUCGUGUAAAUAAAUAAGCCGUGAAUUUGCUUCUGACUCAUGAAUAAACAAACUUUGACAUUUUGUCCUUUA